UUUUAAGUGCCUGAAAAACAAAUCUCUAAUAUUCUUACAUGACUUGAAAAUUCCCAGAAUCGCGUCUUUUAAAUCAAAACAAUUUUGAAGUAGUAACAUUCCUUUGACUUAGUGUUAUAUGUCAAAACAAACUGUGAACAAAGAGACUAGUGUUGUCUAAACUGGGAUUGUACCCGCUUGGGGUAUUACUCAGUCAGAAGCUUGUUGCGACAUUGGAGAUAUGUGACAGCAAAAGUUGCCUCUCUUUCUGGAGUUGACUGCAAAUAUUCUCCUCCUGCACAUGGAAGCCAAAGAUAUGAACCCAUUAUCUUUUAGGUACCAAUUUUAAUAACUUGAUAAAUAAACAAACCUAGGUUUGAAAAUACCAUCUUAAAAAGCAUAGCGAGAUCCUGCCAAAAUAGUUUCCUAGGAUUGGGUUGGGAUUACAAGAUCUUGAAACAUAAGAUCAUAACAAGGAUUAUAAGAUCCUGAUGAAAUGAAAAUAUACUAGUAGUGCAUACAAAGCAUGUCAUGAUCACAAGUUCAUAGGUAACCUACAAAACACAGUAACAAGACUUGAAUCCCAAAUCACAUACAAAACAGAGGCUUUCCUAAAGUUUAAACAUAACUCAACCAACCAGGUCCACAAAAGAAACUACUCAAUGCUUAAUUCAUAGUAGUCAAAAUUGUGAGUCACUUGUUAAAUCAUACAAGUUUACGAUGUUUGGAGUGUUUUGCAGUUCCAAUCUCACACACAAUUUCCCGUUGUGGUGAAAUCAAGCCAAAUCUCUACCGAAAAUCACAAAAACGUAUGGUAGUGCAUUCUUAUUUAUGUGAUGGAAAAUGAAGGUUGGGCAUGAAGGCUGAAAGGGGACCACAAUAUCUACAUUGAAGAUUUAAUUAUGAUGGUGAUUGGUAUGCGGCUGAGGAAGAAAAUGCAGGUGUGGGCUGUGUGGCUGUGGUUGAUCCAAACGAUGAUGAUUUGAUUCAUGUUGAAGAAGCUGGUAGUAGUGCUACAUCAAUUGUACCUGUAGAUGAAUUGGAUGCUCCUAGUGUUGAAGAAAGUAACUAUGGAGAGGGAGAUGAUGAUGAUGAUGAUGAUGUUGAUGAUGAUGAUGAUGAUGAUGAUGAUGAUGGACACGGUUGAGGAGAUGAUGAUGAGAUGGAUGAAGAUAAAAAUGUUUAUGCUAUGAGUCAAUACUGGCUAUCAGUUUCAGCAACAAGGCAUCCAGAUAUAUGUGUUCUGGAGGAAGUGAUCAAGUUGUAAAGAUAUGGGAUUUGCAAAGGAAGCGCUGUAUUAAAAGGUUUAAGGGUCAUACUAAUACUGUCACAGGUGUAAUGUACAAUUGUAAAGACGAGCAUUUGGCUUCUAUCAGCCUCAAUGGGGACCUUAUACUUCAUAACCUUGCCUCUGGGCAAAGGACAGCUGAACUCAAAGAUCCCAAUCAACAGAUGUUGAGAGUUCUUGAUUAUUCUCGGGUUAGUCGUCACCUUCUUGUGACAGCUGGUGAUGAUGGGACAGUACAUCUGUGGGAUACAACUGGACGCAACCCUAAGCUUUCAUGGAUGAAGCAGCAUUCGGCACCAACUGCUGGCAUUAGCUUCUCUCCAUCCAACGAUAAGAUCAUUGCUAGUGUUGGCCUUGAUAAGAAAUUAUACACUUAUGACUCUGGAUCUAGAAGAACAACAUCUUGCAUUUCUUGCGAAGCUCCUUUUUCUUCUGUAGCCUUCAAAGAUGAUGGUUGGAUGCUGGCUGCCGGAACUAGCAGUGGACGUGUGGCUUUCUAUGAUGUCCGUGGAAAACCACAACCUGUUGGCGUUCUUCACGCUUAUGGUAGUUCAGAGGCUGUUACAAGCUUAUGUUGGCAAAGAUCAAAACCAGUUAUUGUCGAUGAAAGGAAUUGCACUGCUGAGACUGCUCUUGUGGGAGAUUCUGUUGAAGAUUCAAUCCUUAUGCCUGAUCCUUUACCUCCUGCAACUUCAUCAAGCAUCCCCCUAUCCACAUCAGUAUCUGGUACUUGGAAUUCUGGUCGGCUGGGUGCUUCCAUUGAUACAUCUUUGCUUGCAACAUCCAGCAGUGAAUUUAUAACAAGCCUACCAACUGUGUCUAGUGGAGAGGAAACACCACUUCGAAACAAUUUACGGCUAGGUGGAACACUGUCCAGGUUGAAUGCUCCGCGUUAUAAAUUGACGGAGGAAAUAGAUGUAUUCUCCCCUCUUGUAGAUGUUACACCAAUAACACCUUCAAUGUGGGAUGGAAAUGGGGUAAAGAAGGAUAUUUUAUCAUCCAGUCGAAGAUUUCCAAAUUCAGAAGUCGUAAGCAGCGAUCAUGCAAUAGCUGAUUGGAAGUCUGGCUCAACUACCAAGCAGGAUAUCACUCAAUCUUCCUUUCCAUUUGCGGGGUUAACUCCUCCAUCCACGAAGAGUGAAGAAUCUUCCAUCACUCCUCCAGAGGCAUGGGGUGGUGAGAAGUUAGCUGAUAAAUAUAUUUACCCACGUCAGGCAAAUGCACCAUCUCGUUUUGGGAUGUUAGCUUCCAGUGGUCAGGCAGCAGGAUUGACGCUUUCUGGAGUGCAGGAUACAUCCUCAUCAUCUGGUAUCAGUCCCUAUACCAGCAGUUCAAGCCUAAAUUUUUCCAAUUUACGCACAAAAGAUGUUUCUACAGGCCAGGAGACUUCGUUGGGGUUUUCUGAUCACAUGUUCUCUACUUCUUUACCUUUUCCCAUCAAUACAAAAGCCAGCAUUGUUGGACAGGCAAACAUUGACUCUCCAAAAAUAUCUGAUUCUCCUAGAAUGCAAUCCUUUUCUAAAAGAAUUUCUAGUUAUGCAGAAAGAAUAAGCACCGCACCUGCCUUCGGCGAUGGUGCAUCUCUUGCAGGUGGUUCACCUAAGAUUAAGAAAUCAGGAGCCGAAACCAGAGAAGAACUUCUAAAUAGCUUGCUAUUGAAGUCAGAAACAUCUAUCCCUACAGAAUCAGGCUCUCUACUACUGACAAAUGGAACAAUACCACAACAGAAAGCAUCUCAGUCAGAAGCACAAGGAUCUUCAUUUACACUUCAACUUUUUCAGCGGACAUUGAAUGAAACUCUAGGUUCCUUUCAGAAAUCUAUACAUGAGGAUGUGAGAAACGUCCAUCUUGAAGUAUUAAGACAGUUUCAUCUGCAAGGGAUGGAAAUGUCAACCAUGAUGAACUCAAUUCUGGAAAAUCACGCCGAGUUAGUGAAAGAAGUGAAGGCUCUGCGUAAGGAAAACGAGCAGCUUAGACAGUUGCUUUGAUCGAUGUGAAUAAGGUCGCUACAUUUUUCUGACAGCGUCUUUAUCCCGUGGGGUCUGUUUUAUCUUUUGCAGACUAGCAAUUUAUCUUUGAUUUGUGACACGCAAUUGGGUUUCAGCUUUUUGAUAGUGGUGGUUGGGAAAAAAAAUCACAAGUGAAUCGCAUGUUACUGGAAUAGGUAUUGAAAAUGUAUAGAGGUGAUUUUUUAAUUAUGGAAUCUAUUUGUUGGUGAUCUAUAUUUUGCAGAUUAUAUAUUUGUGGAAUAAGUAUAUAAAUUUAAAAUGUGAUGAUUUGUCAGAUAUAUACUAUACGUAUAUUUGGUUUA